UAAAUUUUCUUGACCACUUUUCCCUUUACUUGCCAACACUUUCUUCUCCAGAUUUGACCUGUUUACAUUUUUGUUCUUUACUGGCUUUUACUGUUCUUUUUCAGAUUAGCCCAUUUGUUUAACUGAUCUUCACCGAAGCACUCAUGUUUAGUUUAUUAAAAAAAAAUUAUAAUCUCUUAAGUUUCAUCAGUUAAGUGGGUGGUGAUUUUUGGCGGCAAUUUCAAAAAUAAUAAAUGGGUACAAAAAUAUUUAGAGACUGAAACGCUUGUUUCAAGGGGUGGAAAGGGUGUUAAAGAGAAUAAAUUUGCAGAGUUUCUGGGAAUUCUAGGAGGAAGAGAAUAUACAUGGAUGCUUUGAUGUUGUGGAAGUAAGUUAUCAAGAAUAAAAGAAAAAAUGACAGUUGAGGAGCUGGAAGCUAAGGCUACUGAAAGGAGGAAUGUGUUAGUUGGGAUAAGAAUAGAUAGUCAUAGCAGAGAACUACUUAGCUGGGCUAUUGCAAAGGUUGCUGAACCUGGUGAUUGUGUUGUUGCUGUUCAUGUUUGUGGAAGUUCUGGCCAUGCUUUGAGAGACAAGCCUUUGUUGGAUAGUUAUUUAGAAGUCUAUGAUGGUCUAUGUUCCAUGAAGAAGGUAGGCCUCUCUGGUCAGAUAGCCAAAGGGAUUUCGGUUAGAAGGACUCUGGUUAGAGAGGCAAAGAACUAUGCUGCUGUAGCCGUAAUUGUGGGGAUCAGUAGCCAGGCAGCUCUAAGGGUCUGGGCUUCUACUGCUAAGUAUUGCGCCAAGCGACUGCGUCCAACCACAGAUAUUAUGGCCAUCCACAAUGGAAAAAUUGUGUUUAGAAGGUGCAACAACAAUCAACUACCAGGCCUCGGUGGAGAUCCAAAACCAAGUUUUAAUAUAAAUGAAAAUUUAAGUUUUAGAGAAAUCCAAUCUGAAUUCGGAGAUUCUGAAGCAUAUACUGAAAUAUCUAGUUUUGAACUGCUAUCAAGAGAUGAGAUUGGAGAAAUAAAGGAUGAAGUUUGCAGCACUGUAAAUGCACGUAAGAAGAGAUCAAAUUCUCUUUUUUCUGGUGAUUUUUUGGAUCAGAGACCUGGUUGGCCCCUCCUCCGAAGAGCAAGUUCAGCCAUUCCACUGAACUUGCAUUCCAGGAAACUGUCUGUAGUACAGUGGGCAAUGAGCUUACCGGAUCGCUCCUCUCAACAAGAUCCUCGCGUUUCAACAGCAGAAGAAAGAGAGAUAAGUAACAUCUUGGAAGAUAGCAAUAGGAGUAGAUCUUCUGCAUCAGGUGAACUAGAAAAUGGCUCGGAUAUUCUGCUGAAAGUAAGCUCACCUAGUUUUCUGUCAGGCAUAUGCAACAAGGUUCUGAAAGGCGCAACUUCGAAUUUUCACUCAGAAAAUUUGAUUGGGAAAGGGGGAUGUAGCAGUGUGUACAAGGGGAUUCUUCCAGAUGGCAAGCCAGUGGCAGUGAAGGUUCAGAAAUCAUCCCAGAAAGCAAUGAAAGAUCUUGCUCUUGAAGUUGAAAUCAUCUCCUCAUUGAACCACAAGCACAUCACACCUCUUGUUGAUGUCUGCAUCAAAGAUGCUGAUCUCAUUUACGUCUAUGAUUUUUUAUCUAAAGGAAGCUUAGAGGAAAACUUACAUGGAAAGAGCAAAGACAAAUCUCCAUUGUCAUGGGAACUGAGGUUCGAUAUAGCUGUUAAAAUUGCAGAAGCCCUAUACUACCUGCACAACGAAUGUUCUCGGCCUGUUAUUCAUAGAGAUGUCAAGUCUUCAAACAUUCUUCUCUCAGAUGGAUUUGAACCACAGUUGUCCGAUUUCGGGCUGGCAAUAUGGGGACCGGCAACUACAUCGUUUGUGACUCUAGGCGAUGUUGUUGGAACAUUUGGAUAUCUUGCUCCUGAAUAUUUCAUGUAUGGGAAAGUCAGCGACAAAAUUGAUGUCUAUGCUUUUGGUGUAGUUCUACUUGAAUUGCUAUCAGGAAGAAAACCAAUUAGUUCCGAGAACACCAAGAGCCAAGAGAGUUUGGUCUUGUGGGCAAAACCAAUAAUAGAGAGUGGGAAUGCAAUAGGCUUAGUGGAUCCAAACUUGAAUGGAAACUUUGAUGAGGUUCAAAUGCAACGAAUGGUUCUUGCAGCAACACACUGCAUUACACGAGCAGCUAGACUACGUCCUAAAAUGAGUGAGAUACUGAAGCUCCUAAGAGGAGAUAAAGAACCGGAAAAGUGGGUGAACCCUCAAAAUAAGGAUCUUCAGGAUCCAGAAAACCAGGAUAAUGAUGAUGAAGUUUAUCCAAACUCUAGUGCAGAGUCACAUUUAAGUCUUGCAUUGCUUGAUGUUGAUUAUGAUUCCACAUCAUUUAGUAGUUGGGAGCAUGGAAAUAAUCUUUCUAUUGAGGAGUAUUUUAAAGAUAGGUGGAGCCGAUCAUCAAGCUUCAAUUAGUUUACUUUGCACUCUAUUCAAUAUUCUUGACUACCUGUUUCAGAGCCUAGGUUAUCACAUAAUUCUGUACAAAUAGUUUGUAACCUUGUGCCUGUACAGUUAAGGGGGAAAAAAAAAGGUUUACGCCCUGCAGCGAGGUGUUUUGAAGAUGUAGACUUGUAAAAUUCUUGUUUAAAGUGAUAAUGAGAGAGGAUUAAGGUUCAAGCCUAUCAAGAGCUUGUUUUUUGAA